CAAAUAGCUCUUCUCGUAUUCCGAUAUCUUUAAAAGGUAAAUAGAUCGUUUAAAAAUAAGUUAAUCUUAUUAAAAUACUACGAAAAUAUUGAAUUAGUCUUAACACUUCUACGUCUACUCAAAAUAAUCUCAACAGUAUAUCAAGAUGCCAGAACUGACUGAACUUGACAAGGCCACCGCCUCUAUGACCGAGAAGCGCAAAGAAGAGACUGCAUCAUCUGACAGUGACUCUGAUGACAACAUUCCAGAAUUGGAAGAUGCAGGUGCACCAGAUGCAGGUGGAAUCACAAACCCGAUUGCUGGAAUUGACAUCGUCAGCAAAUCGAAACAGUCUCGUGGUGAGAAGAAGGCCAGAAAGAUAAUGAGUAAACUCGGUCUCAAACCAGUACAAGGAGUAGAGAGAGUGACAAUCAGAAAAUCAAAGAACAUUCUCUUUGUCAUUAACUCACCUGAUGUAUACAAGAAUCCUCAUUCAGACACCUACAUCGUUUUCGGUGAAGCCAAGAUUGAAGAUUUGUCCACACAGGCCACCAUGGCUGCAGCUGAGAGAUUCAAGGCACCAGAAACCACAGCCACUGGCAAUGACGCUUCCACAACUGGAACAACGGUAGCACCAAUAGCAGAAGAAGAAGACGAAGAAGGAGUAGACGAGACUGGAGUCGAUGAGAAGGACGUGGAGAUAGUAAUGUCCCAGGCGAACGUCUCUCGAGCGAAAGCAGUCCGAGCCCUCAAGAACAACCAAUCUGACAUUGUUAAUGCAAUUAUGGAGCUAACAAUGUAGGAGAAGCCUUCGUCACAAUAUCUUAUGUCACUGCUGUUAGUUUUAAGUCACUCUCAACAUUAGCAACUGGACGAAAAGUCGAAUGAACACAUGCAUAAUAGGCGAUAUAUUGAACUGUAUACUCGAAAUAAAAAAAAUUAUCAUAAGUAGUGUCUGUACAAUCUGCAAAUUUUAAAGUGAUUCUGUUUGGCCACAUUUCUUUUUAGUAAUGUAUGCAAGUGUAGGCUAACGUUUUGUUUUCAUUAAUGUAUGCAACUGGAGGCCAACGUUUUUGCAAAUGGAAUUACAUCAACAUGGUCACCUCCAAAAAGUUAGUUUAAAAACGGGGACUAUUUAUGACACUAAAAAUCUGACUAUCAUUCAAGAAGCUUGUUUUGUUAUAUUUUAAAUUCACGAAACGGAAACGGAAACAUUGUUGAAAAAUGAACUUUUUUUUUAAACCUAUGAAACUGGGAUAAGGCAACGUAUUAACAACUAGAUACACUCCCCUAGUGGUUGAUGUGAUGGUUUUUAUAGGUGAAUGGCCUAUUUUUCGCUUCUUUGUAGGCAAUAAAUUGUCGAACAGCAUACAAUAAUUGGAAAGAUAGAAUCAUAUAAAGAAAAGAUGCAAUACUUAUGUACAAUUUGUAAAAAUAAUAACAAUAAAAGAUAGAUAAGAUAAGAGAAAUAUCGCUAAUUAUGUAUGUAAAAUACGCAUUUAAGAACAAGGAAGUUCGUCCUUCGUGUUGGAAUCCAAAGUAUGCCUCGGUCAAGGUGUACUAGUUGAAUGUACAUAGGCUUAAAAUUUGAAAUAAUAAAAGUAUUGGAAUUUGCA